GAUCUAGCGUCGGAAGAAUCAUUCAAUCCGUUCAAUAAUUUAUUCGUAGAUCGGAAAACGUGUGUUUCGAAGUAUCUGAGUCCCUCGUACGGAUUUAGAUCGGUCGCGUGCACAUAUCACAACAAUAAACAAAAUUUGCUUUUAGAAUUCGGAAUUUCCGGAAAAGAGCUUUCCUCAUUUUGGUGUGAGACGAGACAGAAGGAGAAUACAUCGGAAAAAAUGUUUUCGUGUGGAGUAUCGAAGGUGGUUCUUAUUUUUAUGCUUGUCGUUAUAAUAGCAUCAAUCUAAACAAAAUUUCGAUUAAAUUGGAUCAAGGGGAAGGAAUGUUGGGCGGCUGCGUAGGCGCCCAAGGAUCAAAUGAAAAUGUCGCUUCAGUUUCAAUUUAUGACUAUGCAAAGAUCUACACCGAUUGGGCGAACUAUUAUCUGGAGAGAGUCCGAUCGAAGAAGAAGGUCACGGAUCUCUCGACAGAUUGUCGUGAUGGAUUACUCUUAGCAGACGUUAUCGAAGCUGUAACAACGUUCAAAGUACCUGAUUUAAUAAAGAAACCAAAAAAUCAACAACAAAUGUUCGAUAACGUCAAUUCCUGUUUAGCAGUGCUCCGAGUGCACUCUGUAGGCGGGUUAGAAUCAAUCACCGCGAAUGACAUCUCGAAUGGUCGGUUGAAAGCUGUACUAGCGUUAUUUUUCGCUCUUAGUCGAUACAAACAACAGUCGAAGCAGCAAAAGUGCUCAGCGCAUCACACCAAAGCGGAGACUCACCAACAGCAACAGCAACCACCAAUUCAGCAGAAGCACCCGCAGCACAGUUCACAACCACUACUACCACAGGCCCCGCCGCAAGCGAUACAACAACCACAGUCGGUUUGCACCGAAGCAAUGGCAACUCGACAAAUACCUGCACCAUACUCGAAAGCGAAUGGAGGUACAGCGAUCCCAUUACCGGCAACUGUUCUUGUACAACGAAGAUGCCCUCCAGACAAAGUACGACCACUGCCACCUACGCCAAAUCAUGCGCCUUCUAUUCCUGGGCUAACGAAAACGGUUGAAAUAAAUCCAAAUAGUCGUCCAGGGAGCCCGCCUCAAAACCAUAUCAACUAUACGGCAUCAAAUCAAAAGGGGAGCAAUGUACCACGUCAAUCACAAUGCAAAAUUCCUGCUAGUCCCUACAGUAGUAACAGCACUCAAGGAAACAAUAACACUCAAUAUCCAACCACAACAAAUGCUGCCGCUAUUACGAACUGCAAUGGCCCCGCCACAAACACAGUGGGCACAACCAAGCACUCAAUGCUGGAUAAAUUAAAACUUUUUAACAAGGAAAAAUCGUCGUCUUCCAAUAAUACAUCAUCAUCAUCCUCUAAAUCUCAAGUCUCGAAACGUACAAGUUCCAGUAGUGGGUUUUCAUCAGCUCGCAGUGAAAGAAGUGAUUCAAGUCUGAGUCUUAAUGAUGGCCAUGUGUCACAUAUUAAGCCACCCACUAUGCUCUCAGGGUCAGGCACGAUGAAAAGCAAAGAUCAAAUCAAGGGUGGAAAGCAAUCAAAACUUCUGGGUGCCUCCCAAAAAGCCACUUCACGUGAAACAUUGAACAUAAAAUCAAAUGCAAAACAUGAGAAAAAAGAUAGAAGCCCGUCCCGCAAAGAAGAGUCCUUCGACUCGCAAAUUGGCCAGUUAACAAGCAGAAAUCAAAAGGCAGCUAUGGUUACAAAGCAAGAUACUAUGUCGAGAGCGAAACAGUCUUCCAAAAAUAUAUCAUCAAAUAAAUUAGAAACACGUUCAGAAUCCAAAUCUAAUCUGGCUUGUCCCAUUCCGAAGCCACUAAUGACUACGACCGGGACCGGCAUCCCCAAACCCAUGGCUGCUAUUAAGGGCACAACAAAACAAACUGCCACCAUAGAGAAGAGAUCAGAAGUCCAUGAGGUGAAAGCGGAAAAAAGCGGUGACAUAUCCAGUAAUCAUCAUGGGAGCAUAUCAGAGAUAAAUCAGAAUCAAAGAAUGCAUAUCGUUAAUCCUGUAUCCGUUGUGGAAGGUUUCCAGAACAAUCCGGCACAUAUGAAUAAGCUGCUGCAAAGCAGUAGCAUGUCAAUGAGUGACAGCCUGCAUUCAAGUUCUACUCACAGCGGUGGUGGCCUUCAUUCAAACUCAAGCGAGUCCAGUGUAAUCUAUCGCCCUAGUUCCGAAUCCAGUUCGGACGUUUACUAUCAAAAUAAUCGCCCGCUGCCUCCCGCAUCCAGUAACAAUCCUAUACCGAAUCGCAAGGACAAUCGUAUAAUUCAUACGAACGAUGAGAGCUCAACGACAAAUAGCAAAUUCCACACGGUCCCCUCAAGGGCAGUCGGGACUAUUUAUGAAGAGGAUAAACCUGUAAAUGUAGUCCCUAUGAGGCCCCUCUUACGGGGAUACAAUAGUCAUGUAACAUUGCCAACAAGAGGCACCCGAGCGCAACAUUAUGUUGCGGAUUAUUGCGAAACGGAUAUCGGACAGGGAGGAUAUUGUAGUGAUGGUGAUGCUUUACGGCGUCCUGGACAUCAUACACGUUUCUAUGAUAUUGAUAAUGGAUAUUUGUCAGAGGGCAGUGGUGCGGUUCAUGGUAAACAUUUCUUAAGUGUGAUGCGAGCUAGAACACAACUUCCAACUACUAUUGAGGAGCGAAUUCGUAAUAGUCGCGGCAGUCUCGAUAGUAUCGGCACCACAGCAUCUGAAUCUCCGAAAAUGGAGAUGAAUGGUAGUCCCGGCCGCUCACAAUCAUCAUCUCGAAAUGGUCGUGACAAUUGGAAUAAAAUGCCUGAACCAAUGAAUGGUCACGGACAGCCAUUAAGCCCAACAUCAGGACGUAAGGACAAAUCAUCACCGAGCCAUUCGCGACGUAAUGCAUCAUCUUCAGGCGGUCCUGUUCAAUCAUCUACCAAGCAAUCAUCAUCAUCGUCAUCCAGUCGUACCAAAGGUGUUCCGCAAAGUUUUGGUUACGUGAAACGUUCAAAUGGUUCAGCAACAGGAACCAUAACGGCCACUGAUCAACAAAAUAUCCUUUUAAUGAAUCAACAUCAUCAACAGCAACAACAUCAAGGUGGAAGGACCGGACAUGUUUCGGCCGUUCCGAGAUCUGGGAAAAUUAAAGUUUCCGGUGGAACUCAAACGUGCACUUCUGAUUUGCAAACAAAAGUACCACCAAAUAAUCAACAUCGCAGCUUCUCAUUAACAGGACCCGGUGCUACGCAACUCAGUCAAUCGAUACGCGAGAGACUGUCAUCGGGUACCCACAGUUUGCCGAAAACUGGAGCUGAAAUGCACGUCUUCCAACAUCGAAUUUCAAGUCGCGGUUCGGGCAAAAUAAUCGAUGGAAGCUUAUCCGAUACACAAACGUAUGCGGAAGUCAAGCCUGAAUAUAAUUCAUAUGCCAUGUGGCUGAAGCAUAGUAAUACGGCGAGUAGUCGCCUGUCGGAAGGUGAUUCUCUGGAAAGCCUACAAAUUGGUUCGCCCGGAAUGACACGACACGGCGGACAUAAAUUACUACAUCGUGGCGAAUCACCAUAUAUGCAGAGUCCACGAUUGAAUAGGAGCAAUAGUAUCAGCUAUCUCAAAGAAAGGACGUAUCCCAGAUCAACUAAAUCGGAAAAGAUGUAUCCUUCGAUGUUAAAUCGUGGUCCGGAUGUGGAAAUUGAGCCAUACUAUUGCUUGCCUGUGGGCACAGUUCAACCCGGGACAAAUGGACAUCAUGGUGGCGGCGUAGUUCCAUGGAGCCAGCCAACCUCUCCGACACCACCGAAUCGAGGAUUCACCGGACCUUUGUCGCCUACACAUGCUGUUCCGGGUCAAAUGCCAGGCUGUCAUCGUUUAACAUAUCCCAAGAAGAAUGACGAAGUGCAUGGAAGUGCUGCAUCCUUGCUGUCAGGUGGAAGUUCCCUGUAUGGCUCGGCAGAGGAACGACAAGCGAAUGAAGUUCGCCGGCUGAAAAGGGAAUUAUCUGAUGCUAGGGACCAAGUUAUGAGCUUGUCGAGUCAGCUAUCAACAAACGCACACGUCGUUGCGGCUUUCGAGCAAAGUCUAUCCAACAUGACCCAACGCCUUCAACAACUAACAGCCACUGCUGAGAGAAAGGAUGGUGAACUUACCGACAUGCGUCAAACAAUUGAACUACUCCGCAAGCAGUCGAUUCAAGCUGGUCUUACGACUGCUCACAUGCAAAGCAUGGGAGUGCAAACCAAUUGCCAGACCGCAGAUGCUCUGAUCCGGCCCCCGCAAAUCUCAUCGUCCACAUCAAUUGAAGCCAAGUCCAAAUCCCAGCAACCUAUCACAGCCAAUGGAGGCAUAGCUAACAUGGGAGCAGGAGGAAAUCAAAAUGCGGCAGGAAUGCAGCGACACCACAGUUCGGAUUCUAUGUGCUCCCUGAAUUCAGUGAGCUCAGGAUGUUCCGCUCAGGAUAAGAAAAAGAAGAAAGGUUGGCUGAGAAGUUCAUUCACUAAAGCUUUCUCGCGAAAUGCUAAAAUUUCCAAAACAAGUCGCCAUAUGAGUAGUACGCAGAGUGGUCUAGAACAACAGCACCACCAGCAACAACAUCAUCAUCACCAUCACUCGCACGCAGGAUCAAACCCUGCACAACUUCCCAGCGACAAUGUAGCAGCUCUUCCUCCCCCAUCACCAACCAAGAGCCCGCAGAAAGUCGUUCCUAUCAUUGAAAACGCAAAACCUGUAGAUGCCAUAGAUGUUCAGAACAAUCCAAUUGUGGAAGACCUCAAAAAACAGCUACGCGAAAAGGAUCUUGUCCUCACUGAUAUCCGACUAGAGGCUUUAAGUUCCGCGUCUCAACUCGAAAACCUAAAAGACACGGUAAUGAAAAUGCGUGCCGAGAUGAUAACACUCAAACAAAAUAACGAACGGCUACAGAAACUAGUGACCAGUCGAUCCUUAGCUGGGAGUGAGGCCUCUUUAGGUAAUGCAACCAGCCCUAAUGGCUCUAUAGGAGAAUGUCGACGGUACAGUCUAGCAGAUGGAGGAAACAGACCUCCAAUGGAACUUCCAAAAAGUCUAGAAGAGGAAGUCGAAGAAGAAAACAUCCCUCCAGCACCUGCUCCUGAACCUCCACCUCCACCUUUAAGUCCAACCUCCCACAUUGACUUGACACCUCCACCACCUGCCAUCGAAGUUCCAAGCCCUACGCAUCUACCAAAUGCUACAGCCGUCGAGGAAGUAACCGAUCAUACCGACGGCAAGAAAAUUUCUAUAGCUGUUUACCUUGGACAGCCUGAAUCCUUCCCGAAAUAUGCCGAAGAAAUACUAGAAUCGGAUAACUACUACUGCUCCAGCAAACAUUCGGGCGAGGACCUUGAAGGCGAUGAUGGAGAAUUCGAAGAAGAACGGGACUUGAAACGAUUCCCGGAUCCAACUUUGAAUGAAUUCGUGGUGGCGUACACAUAUAUUUCUGGAAAGACUACGUGGCAGAACCUAGAUUACAUCGUGAGAAAAACCUUCAAGGAUUAUGUAUCAAGAGUCGACCCAGGAACGAAUUUAGGACUCAAUACAGAUUCAAUAACGUCUUAUCAUUUGGGAGAAGCAAAGCGCGGACCAGAAAUGGGUUUCCCCGAACUUUUGCCUUGCGGUUAUAUAGUCGGGAAUGUAAGGACUUUAUACAUUUGUUUGCAAGGAGUCGGCUGUCUAGCAUUCGAUAGUUUAAUCCCGAGAAGCAUAGUCCAUAGGUAUAUAAGUCUACUGACCGAGCAUAGAAGAUUGAUCCUAUGCGGGCCGAGCGGUACAGGAAAAUCGUAUCUAGCACGAAAACUAGCUGAAUUUCUUGUAGCCAGGUCUGGACGGGGUAACUUAUCAGAAGCAAUCGCUACUUUCAAUGUCGAUCAUAAAUCAUCCAAAGAGCUACGACAAUAUCUAGGUCAUAUAGCCGAGCAAGCUUCAAUGUCCAACGGAGCCUCAGAACUUCCAUCUGUGAUUAUUUUAGAUAAUUUACAUCAUGCAUCCGCACUUGGUGAUGUCUUUUCGUCCCUACUGAGUGCCGGACCAGCAGCAAAACUGCCCUGCAUUAUUGGGACAAUGUCACAAGCGACCUGCAAUACAACAAAUCUACAGUUGCAUCAUAACUUCCGAUGGGUUCUCACCGCCAACCACAUGGAGCCCGUAAAAGGUUUCCUGGGGCGCUUCCUGCGAAGACGUCUCUUCACUCUUGAGCUCUCCAGUCACACCCAACAACCCGAAUUAAAUUCGGUGCUGGCUUGGUUGCCCACCGUCUGGCAACACAUUAAUCGGUUCCUAGAAAAUCAUAGCUCAAGUGAUGUCACCAUCGGUCCAAGACUAUUCUUAUCCUGCCCACUAGAUUUAAAACAAUCCCAAGUUUGGUUUACCGACAUUUGGAAUUAUCAUUUGGCUCCGUAUUUAGUGGAAGCGGUUAGGGAAGGUGUGCAGUUGUAUGGUCGACGAGGAGGCGCUUGGAAUGAUCCAUCAACAUUUAUUCGGGACACGUAUCCAUGGCCAUAUGGACCGGAUUCAGUUCCGCCUUUGAGGCAGAUUAAUGCUGAAGAUGUUGGUUUGGAAGCAGAUGCACCAGGAAAUAGUGAUAAUCAAGAUCCAUUGCUCAAUAUGCUAAUGCGCCUCCAGGAAGCGGCAAACUACUCAGGAAAUCAAGAACAGGAAUCGGAUUGUGCCAGUUUAGAUUCAAAUAUAACACCGGACAGUUCGGCAGGGGCAGAAUAAAUGAAGGGUGUGUGAAAUGCCUUCACAUUAAGAGGCAAACUAAGUUAGUUGAAACAUAAAGAAACCAAAACACUACACAGAAAUCCAAAGUCGAAUAUGUCAUUUGUGGAUGGAGUUUGAGAUUGUUUCCAUAUUUGGUUAUUUAUUAAAGAGAAAAAUGUGGAAAUUUAUGAGUAAUUCGAUGCUUUUGGUACCAGUGACGAACACGUUUCAAUGCGGAAUCGAAUAAGACAUUGUCGUUUUAAUAUAAAAGGAAAAAGAGCGGGUAAUUAGCAAUGACGUGGAAUUAAAAGCAACUUUGCGAGCGAGUAAUUCAAUCAACAAUUUCUCGAUUAUUAUUUAUCUUUAAUAUUAUACUUAAUCUUAGAUAGAAGACGCUUUCACUGAUAUUUUGCAACUGUUAUAAGAAAAUAUAUUGAUCACUCUAAGAAAGCAACAAUUGUUAAAGUUAGCAUGAAGCAUGGCAAGAAAAUCGCAAUGAAAACCUCCACAAAUGAACAUGUCCUGAUAAAAAAACAAAACUAACUCAAUUUCUUUCCUAAAUAACCAAUCGGUACUUCUCGGUAACAUAAAGUAAAGCAACCACGAUUAACAGAUUAACAACAACCCUUAGGCGACUCCAAGGUCAAAUAUAGAAUGUAAAUAUAGUUCUCACUUAAAAUACUGUAACACCACAGCAAAACGCAUUUUCGUUAUUUUGAUUGAAUAAGAAAAGAUGAAAACAUGAAAAUCAAACAAACAAUUGUAGAUGAUUCCAUUUUUUAUACACGUUUUACAUUUACACAUUGACUAGUUCUAAAAACCUUUAAAAGAAACAUAAUGACAACUUCAUAGGGAAAAAAGAAAGCAACCACUUAUACUACUACGAAAAACGCGCUUUUCGGCCGACAUAAGUAUUUUAUGUAGGCUAGACAAUAUAUAAUUACGCAUGAUUACGACUAAAGGGAAUAGUUAGAUAAAAAAGCGAAGCAUUAAUAACAAUGAGGAAUAUUAUUAACAACAACGUGAGGGUUUGAUAAUAAAUGAUUUGAAACACGAGGCAGACGUUAAAGGCAAAUAAUAAUAAAUUAUAUAUAAAUAACUGAGUUUUAAGUACUAUUGUAUUUUUGCCAACUUUAUAUAAAUGAAGUGAUGAAAAUAAAAUGAAAAUAUAAUUCUAUUCGAUUGAUAAAAAAAAAAUAUUGUGUACUGCGAUUGUAAUAAUAUAUUAUUAUUAAAAUUAUGAAUUUCAUAUUUAA